UUUUCUAAAGAGUGAGGCUCAAACAAGGAUUAUAAAUAAAAGCAUCAUCUCUCAGACUCUAACUGUGUCUAUGCUAAGAAACCUGGAUCAGUACAAUUACACAUUUGCCUAUCAUUAGAUUAUUUUGUCAUAUACCUGCUAACAAUUUGAAGUUAUUGUAGAAUAUAAUGCUGUGACAUCUGAAUUCAGAAAUUAAAAUUCAAGCUACUGUAGUUACACAGGGAUUGGAAAAAUUCAGUCCAGAUUUUUCUCUAUGUUUUGUUUGCCAGUUUAUUCUUUUUUGUAGAUACCUAUUUAGAAGCAUUACAGAAAGAAAAUUUACUUUGAUCCAUGUUGAAGCCUUAGCUCUCAGAAAUACCUAGGGGAAAACGGACUGUACAAGCAAAUAGCCAAAUACUAAGGUUUCUGGGUAGAGCUCAAAAGCUAACGGCAGACUCUAACUAGAAUGAUUACAGUGACAUACCCUGUCUGCAAGAUGUUUCCAUCAUCUGUUUUUGAGAAACGACCAAAGUAUGGUUCAUAAAGAUUUGGUUAUUAUUGGUAUCUCUGUUGGUGUGGCUGCUGGUGUUCUUAUAACAUCAAUCAUAGUUCUUGGCAUUUGUUGGUAUAAGAAGCAUGCUCAUCUUCCCCGCAGUACAAAUGAGGGUUCUCUUGCUACCCUUCCUAUACGAGAAAAUGGCUUGGGUGCAAGCAUUGAGAUGAGUGCAUCUCUCUCAAAUUCUGUAAUUAUCAAGGGAUCAGACUAUCUUGCCAAAAAACCUCGAAACUCCUGGUGGAGUAAUCAUAGUAAAGAACAAUUUACUUCGGCAUCUGGACUGCCAAGAUACUCUUACAAAGACAUUCAGAAGGCAACACAGAACUUCACAACUAUUCUAGGACAAGGCUCUUUUGGCCCGGUGUAUAAAGCUGUCAUGCCUAGUGGUGAACUGGUUGCUGUGAAAGUUCUUGCUUCCAAUUCUAAACAAGGGGAAAAAGAGUUUCACACAGAGGUUACUCUGCUUGCUAGGCUGCAUCAUCGAAAUUUGGUGAAUUUAGUUGGAUAUUGUGUCGAUAAAGAACAGCGGAUGUUAGUUUAUGAGUUCAUGACCAAAGGAAGUUUAGAGAACCUCCUAUAUAAUGAAGAGGAAGAAGCUCUGAGUUGGGAAGAACGAGUACAAAUAGCAUUAGACAUUUCACACGGGAUUGAAUAUCUUCAUGAUGGGGCAGUGCCACCUGUGAUACAUCGAGAUUUGAAGUCUUCUAACAUAUUGCUAGAUCGUUCCAUGAGAGCUAAGGUUGCUGAUUUUGGGCUGUCAAAGGAAGAGGUUUUUAACGGCCGUAAUUCAGGCCUUAAAGGUACAUAUGGGUAUAUUGAUCCCAUGUACAUAUCCACAAAUGAGUUUACGACAAAAAGUGAUGUCUAUAGCUUUGGUGUUAUCCUCUUUGAACUCAUCACAGCCAUUCACCCACACCAAAACUUGAUGGAAUAUGUUAACCUUGCUGGUAUGAGUCCAGAUGGUGUAGAUGAAAUAAUUGACACGCGGAUUAUUGGCACAUUUAACCCCGUAGAAGUGAGGAGUCUGGCCAAGAUCGCUCACAAAUGCUUACACAAAACACCCAGAAAACGCCCUUCAAUAGGAGAGGUUUCACAGGCUAUUCUAAGGAUAAAGCAAAUUCGCCUUGUUAGGGAAGACGCACAGUCUUUCGCGGGAGAAGAUUUUUCAAGAGCAAUAAGCCGGAUAGAAAGUCAGCAACUGGAAUUGAAGAAAAUGGCUAGCAUCAACGAAGGACCAAGACAAUGACCAUUUUUAUUUUUAUUUUUCAUACUUGCAGGUUUUUUUCCCCUUUCUUUUUCCAUGGCAAAUAUACAGACAACAAUACCGCUGCAAUGCCUGUAUAGUAAAGAAAUUGCUAACGAGUAUUUUCCAGUCAAAAUUAUGAGAUAAAGAUCAUAGUUUUUGUGAUGAUUUAAAGCAGUUCUAUUUUUAA